AUGCUCGAUAAUGUCUCGAAUUUCACGGAAUACUACGAUGACAUUCCGAUGGACGCAGGAGACGGUGAAAUGAGUUUUCUGGCCCUCUUGUACCUCAGCUACAUGCCGUUGUGUUGUUUGGUCGGGUUGACGGGCAAUUGCAUGGUCUACAUUCUAAUCAGGUAAGAGUUUGGAUUUUUUAAAGCUCUAGGAAUGUUAUUUAGAUCUUAGCGACGCAGAGAGUGAUCUAUCGUAUUCCAAAUUUAAUUAGUUUUCAUUUGCAGGACAAAUCAAAUAUUUCGAAGGCUCCCUUCCUCCGUUUAUCUGCAAACAUUGGCCGGAAUGAGCUCACUUUUUCUUGUUUCGUUGUUAUCUUUUUGGGUUGAUCAGGUAACUUUUAUAUGCUUUUCUUCAAAAAUUCAUAUCGCGACUGAUUAGAUAUAGGCAAUAAAAAAAGUCGGAGCGCUCGAAAUGAGCCUGAAAUUUGGUAUCAAAAAGUAUCCCAGAGACAUUAAAAAGAUACAGUGGGGGGACCUGACCCAGUUGCAAAAAACGUACCAUUUUUCAUUCGGGAAGUAUCAAAAAUGUGGCAAAAUGCUUCCCUCUCCAAGUGAAAAAACGCAGAUUUCAAAAGCGCCCCGAUCUUUUUGUGAGGGAAAGGGCGCGCUCUUCAAAAAGAAGUUUUUUUCACUUGGAGAGGGAAGCAUUUUGCCACAUUUUUAAUGCUUCCCGGAUUCAAAAUGGUACGUUUUUUGCCACUGGAUCGGGUCCGUCACUCUAAUUCUUAAAAAUUUUCUCUUUUUUCUGUCUCUAGGAUAAUUUUUGAUACCAAAUUACCAAGUGAGGCUCAUUCUUUCUUUCUUUUUUUUUACUUUUUUUGUUGAAAAAAAGAAUUGCAAACUUCAGUCGUAACUGUUUUGCAGACCUUAAAAAGUAAUCCUGCAAACCAAUUGUGGUUCUUUCCCCUCAUUUUAAUGCUAAACCGUCGGAUUAGAAUAUGAUACAAGAUUAAAAAAUGACUCAUUUGAUCUUCCAGGGCUUCAUCCAGCCAUCAGCACAACGCUCAAAGUACUUCUGUAAGGUUUCAACAUUCCUCACGCACUUUUGCGACUUCGCCAGUGUCUGGCUUAUUGUUCUUGUCAGUUUUGAACGACUGACCUUACUUUACAAGGCGACGUAAGUUUUUCGGAUUUUUUUUAUAAUUUUGUGAGAGAAAAAAAUUCAAUUUGAAAAUUGUAAGCCACAAUUUUAAAUUUUUUACAUAUAAAUUUUAAAAAACCAUAAUUUUUUUAAAUUGCGUUUAGAUUUCGCCGAUCAAUGACCAAUUCAAUGCGUCAAGUGGGCGUUCUAAUCACCAUAACAUUUUGUUGCAAUCUAUGGAUUUUACUGGUCGCCGAGAUUAACGAAAUUGGGAUUUGCGACAUCAAACCGGAAUAUGAGCAUAUUUAUCAUGUAAGUAACAAAAAAAUUAUCUUUUUAUUUUUUUAUUUUUAUUUUCCGGCUAUAAUUACCCAAACAUAUACAGUAGCUGCCAAAAAACUGUCAAUUUUUUUGUUUUUUGUGUAACUCUGCUCAACGUGGACGGAUUUAAACGAAACAAAUACUAUUCUGUAGAGAAUUAUUGCUGUUAUCGAAUGGCUUAGCGGUUAGAGCGAUUUUACAUCUUAGUGUGUAACAACUGUCGAUGUAAAUUUUUUGGAAAGACAAAAAACUGUCAAUUUUUCCAAAAAAAUUUUACCACUUGCACAGGUCGCGGCGAAUCAUGGGCUUAUACAUCACGAUUUCUAAAUAAAGUCUCUCUGUACAUUAUUGACCAUCAAACGGAGCCAAGAAACUUAAUUUAGUUGACCAUUUGGUGGUCCCAAGUUCGAUACCCCAAAACAUGACGUUUAAGGAAAAAUCGAUUUUUUUCUUUGGCUUAGAAUUAAGAAAAUGCCUUGCAGUAGAAGCUAGACAACCUACAUUUAAAAUAGAACAAUGAUUGGGAGCCGCACUGUAAGUCUACGGACUCCACUGGAUAUUCAAGUUUCUCCGGUAACCGAGUGUCUGUAGAGACUUGGCCUUGUUGCCCCCGCCUUUGUAACAACUUGCUAAUGUUUUAUCAAUACAUGAUCACAGAUGUUCUAGAAGCAUUUUAUGGGCAUUUGUAGGACGGCGAUGCAAGUCACAUAAGAAUUACGGAGGGUUAUGUUGUCAUUAACAAAAAAAUUUUUUUUGUGGAAACUUGCAAGGCAGAUUAAGACUUUAGAAACAUAUCAGAGGGAGUGAAACUGCGUUAGAAAUGUCAAGAAUGGCUGUAAAUCUAUGGCACAAUAUCUUGCUUGUUCUUGCACUGGGUUACUUCUAUCCUAUGGAGAGUGAAAAUCAAGACAACAAUUUUUCUUCAAAAAUUCCGUUUCGGAGUUUGUUCUUUUACACGCAAAGUACGGGCCUGCCGCGAUAGCGAUUCUAAACUGUUCACUGUUCACAUGGGUGCCUUCUGUCGCGUUGGAACAACGACUAGAGUUGUCUACGGAAGCACCCGGGCUAAAGUUUCACGGUACAUCUACUGCCAGAAAAACUUGAAUGUCAAGUGGAGUCCGUAGACUUACAUUGCGGCUCCCAAUCAUUGUUCUAUUUUAAUUGUAGUUUGUCUAGCUUCUACUGCAAGACAUUGUCUUAAUGCUAAGUCAAAGAAAAAAAUCGAUUUUUCCUUAAAAGUCAUGUUUUGGGGUAUCGAACUUGGGACCACCAAAAGGCCUACUAAAUUAACUUUCUUGGCUCCCUUUGAUGGUCAACAAUGUACAGUGGGACUUUAUUUAAAAAUAAGACUAUAUAAGCCUAUGAUUUGCCGCGACGUAUGCAAGCGAGAAAAUUUUUUUGGAAAAAUUGACAGUUUUUUGUCUUUCCAAAAAAUUUACAUCGACGGUUUUAACACACUAAGAUGUAAAAUCGCUCCAACCGCUAGGCCAUUGGAUAACAGCAAUAAUUCUCUACAGAAUGGUAUUUGUUUCGUUUAAAUCCAUCCACGUUGAGCAGAUUUACACAAAAAACAAAAAAAUUGACAGUUUUUUGGCAGCUACUGUAAGUAUUAAGCAUUAAAAGAUACUCCAAAAAUAGGGUUUAAUUACCCAAAUAGAGUUUGUUUUUACGAAAAAGUGCGGCCAUUUUUUUUGGCCAAGGACCAAAAGUUCGGAGAGGCCAACUGAAAUUUUUUUGCGAAUUUUCGGCACAAAAGAUACGUAAUCAUCCGGAAAAUGGGCGUAAAAUUACGGAAGUACAAAUUUUAAAAACCCGAAAAAAUUGUUACGCAUAAUAAAUUUUUUUUGGCUGAUGCUUUCAAAAAAAGCCAAGUUCAUAUAGUGGCGGACCUGAUCCAGUGGCAAUAAAGAUAACAUUUUGUAUCGGGAAAGUGUCAAAAAUGCAGCAAAAUACCUCCCUCUCAAACUGAAAAAGCUCCGUUUUGAAGUGGGCGCUCUUUAUGUCACAAAAACAGUGAUCGCGCUUUUGAAAUCGGAGUUUCUUCACUUGGAGAGGGAGGUAUUUUGCCCCGUUUUUGAUACUUCCUGGAUACAAAAUGGUAUUCUUUUUGCCACUGGAUCAGGUCCGCCACUGUACAGGUCAUAUUUUCACAUUUUCUUUGCAGGCCUUCAGCUUGAUGGAGACCGGGAUUUGCAUGAUCAUCCCGACCGUUCUCAUCAUCCUCUUUAAUGUGCUCGUCAUCCUGAAGCUGCGCUCACACUUCAAGAAGAUCCCCGCUUCUCCGUCCGUUUCGUUCAAUACGGCCGACACUGUCUACUCUACGGGCCCAUCACAUACGAUUAAAUCCAUGAAAAUCUCAAAGUGCGUUUUAUACUACGUAUUUCAAUCUCCGAUGGCAAAAACAAAUUCCAUGCCUUUAGGCUCUUAAUUUCGCACAUCGAAAAAAACGUCAAAAAUAGAACUUUUAAAAACAUUUUUCAGAGCCAGUUUGCACCAUCUAAGUGUAAAUGGGACAAACAACGCCGAAACGAUCGCAUUACGUUAUAAGCGGUGUAGCCUACGGUAUGCGGACCUACAGCUGACAAGGUCGCUGGUUAUUGUUACAAGUGUUUUUAUUUUGCUCAACUUGCCCAAUUAUUUGUAUCGGAUUGCUGUGCAGUACUUGAAGAUCAGCGAUCAGGUGAGGAAUUCUUACUUUUCGUAUAUUUGCAACAAAACUGCUCUAAUUUUGGCAAAAUUCUUUUGAAAGAGGAGUAUUCCAAGUGCAUUUUCCUUAAAUUUUGCUCACGCUUGUGGCAAGGCCCCCUGUAUCGAUCGCUGUAGAGUUUAGCUCGCCCUCUGCAAGGGCAGCCGAGAUAUUCAACCAUAUUUGCGGCUGGGAGAGUACGCGAAACUCGGAGAGGGGCGAUACAGAAAAACACUUUUUAGCCCUUUCUUUGCCAUUUUUGCGUGGAAAAAAUAUUUUUUUUGUGGAGACAUUACCGUUUACGGUAGAAAUGAGCAUGAAACUUCUCAUGCCAAAAUUCGCGAAAAGUUCUCACAUUUUAUGCAGACUUUUCGAUCUAAAAAUCUCGGUUGUUCCUGAAAGGCGCAAGCUAAGAGGGUCGCAUAAGUCUUACAAAAACUUAUUCUACAUUUGUGCCAAGUUCCAUCAAAAUUUGAGAGUCGCACUUGGAGCACUCUAAUUCAUACCAUGACCAUCUAACUCGCUAAAUGACCAUCUAACUUGCUAAAAUUUCAGUCCGAGCUCAUGCAACGAUUCUCCUUCGCCGCUCACGUCCUCUUAUACACCCAUCACGCCUGCCUAUUCUACAUGUAUAUCUUCAACAGCCCGCAGAUGCGUCGUCGUUUGCUGCCGACGGCGUUGAAACUGCUGGAAUGUUACUGUCUAAAGCCGGUACAAGACUACUCCGAAAACGGGAUAAACUACUGA